AGACAUAUUAGGGAAGUAGAAACGUUUUUUUUUUUUUCUUCUUCUUUUACGCCCCACCUUCUUCUUUUAUUCCAAAAUGGCGGCUGCCAGGAGAUUGAAACGCGUGGCGGCCAAACAGCCUGGUUUCUUAACUUUAAACGCUGCUAUAGACCCCCCAGACUUGGUCAGCAGCCGGAGAAAACGUAUCAACAAAAAUAAGAAAAAGAACUGGAACAAGCACAGUGACAUAAACGACGUAGAGGACUUUUUAGAGGAUAUUAGGCAUCAGGAGAGGACCACUGGGGGUCUACUGUCUGAGAAGCCAGAUGACAGUUUGUUUUUUGUGGACAUUGGACAGCCAGAGAAAGCUAAACAGAAGGCACCAGAACCUGCUGAAGGAAAAAAGAGAAAAGGGAAAGCAACGCGUCCUUUGAGGAUAGAUCUGAUCCUUCAGCAUGACUCCCUCGUCCCGCCCCCUAAAGAUGUGCUGGCCUACCAGCAACCAAAUGCCAAGAAACUCCGUCGCAUCACCCAGAAGGCUGAGCAGCUAGCAGCCAAAGGCGUGGUAUCACAGAGGCAGAGACGGCUGCUGAACAGGCGGCCCAUCAACAGGACGGUCAAGAAGGCCGAGACGGAGGCCAACAACAACCCAGACAGAGACUAUUAUGACAUAUGGGGACAAGAGGUCAAAGACUCAUCUGAUCCCUGGUAUCUUCAACAGACAGGCAAGAAGGUGUUUAAGCGUCCAGAGACGAUGAAACAGAAGCCGUCAGUGCUCCCAGCUGUGGAGGUGAUUGCUCCUGGAGGAUCCUACAAUCCUGACUUCUUGUCCCACCAGGCAUUGCUUCAGGAGGCCCAUGAGGUGGAAGUCAAGAGAGAGAAGCAAGAAUCCAAAAUAGAGAAACAGCUGGCUGUCAACAAAGAAGACACGGCUACAGAGGAGACAGUCCUCCGUGAGCAGGUAGAAGGCCUGGUAGAAGAAGAGAUGGAUGAAGAAGAGGAAGCUUCUAACGAGGAUGAUGACGAAGAGGCUGUGGCAGGCAUUGCUGUGGCUGAGAAGAAGACUGAAAAACAGAGAAAAAGAGAAAAGGCAGAAAAGAUUAAGGAGCUGCAGCGGCUGGCCAGCAAGCAGCAGACUGUGCAGCAGCAGCAGCUCUUCCAGCUUCGCUCCAUAAAAGCCUCCAUCAAACAGCAGCAACAGAAGACCGGGGCCAAACAGAUGGAACGCAAAGCCAAGCAGGAGGCCCAGAAAGCUCUGCCCAGACGUCUCGGCAAACUCAAGUUCCUGGCUCCAGACCUGGAGGUGCAGUUGAGUGAUGAGCUGCCUGGAUCUCUGCGACAACUCAAGCCAGAGGGCAGCAUCCUCAAGGACCGCUUCAAGAGCCUGCAGAAGAGGAACAUCAUCGAACCCAGAGAGAGAGCCAAGUUCAAGAGGAGACUCAAGUUGAAAUACGUUGAGAAGAGGGCGUUUAGGGAGAUCACAUAAUUGUAAUGAAGUUAAAUAAAACGUGGCAAACACCA